CUCGACAUCUCUCCGCUCAGACUCCGCGCUGCCCCCUCCGGGUUCUUCACCAGCCUGCUCCUCCCCCUCUCGCCUUCGGUUCUCUCUCUCUCUCUCUCUCUCUCUCUCUCUGUCUCUCUCCACAGUAUCUCCCGGUGUCUCCAGGUGCGCACCGGGCGUCUCUCCUCGCUGCUCUUUGCGCACGGACGCUUCAGACUCCCGAGCGUCCUCCUCUUUCUCUCUCCUGGUUCACUGAUUUGUUUCGGACUGAAGAACAAUACGACCGUGGCUCAUGGGGAUUUAGUGCCGUGACACGCUUUCAGGACCCGGUGUCUGAACGAAGGCAUGUUUUCCGUACAUGGGAGUCCGGGGGUGUGAAGCUCCUGAUCAGCAUCAAUCACGAGGGCGACACGAGUGACUGUCAGCUGUGCGCGAAGCGGGAGGCUACAGGGACCGUCACGGCUGCAUCCUGGACUCUCUGCAUUUAUGGUUACAUGAAUGUCAGCGCUGCAGGCCAGAUGCCGGUGAUGGAGGAGCUUGUCAGUGAGAGUUUCCACAGCGACAGCAUGCCAAAGCGGAUGGCUCUGAUCUGCUUCCUGUCUCUGGUCAUGUUGAUGAGCAUCCUGGGAAACCUGCUGGUCAUGGUGGCCGUUUGCAAGGACAGACAACUCAGGAAAAUCAAGACCAACUACUUCAUUGUGUCUCUGGCCUUUGCCGACUUGCUGGUGUCAGUGCUAGUGAUGCCAUUUGGUGCCAUCGAGCUGGUCCACCCGCACUGGAUCUACGGAGAGACCUUCUGUCUGGUCCGGACCUCGCUGGAUGUCCUUCUGACCACAGCGUCCAUACUGCACCUGUGCUGCAUUGCCCUAGACAGGUACUACGCCAUCUGCUGCCAGCCUCUGGUCUACCGCAACAAAAUGACGCCCAUGCGAGUGGCCCUGAUGAUCGGCGGCUGCUGGGUUAUUCCCACCUUCAUCUCUUUCCUGCCCAUCAUGCAGGGCUGGAACAGCAUCGGCAUCGACCACCUGAUUGAGCAGAGGCGUCAUAAUGAAGGCAGUAACUCCACAUCCUGCGUAUUCAUGGUCAACAAACCAUACGCCCUCACCUGCUCCGUGGUGGCCUUCUACAUCCCUCUGGUUCUCAUGGUUCUGGCCUACCAGAGGAUCUACAUCACAGCCCGUGCACACGCCCUGCAGAUCAGCAUGCUGCAGAGGGCAGGAGGAGCCAGCGUUGGUACGACUUCAGACUCUGCUGAACAUCAACGCAACCACCGAAUGCGAACAGAGACUAAAGCAGCAAAGACUCUGUGCAUCAUCAUGGGCUGUUUCUGCCUGUGCUGGGCACCGUUCUUUAUCACCAAUGUAGUGGAUCCCUUUAUAGACUACACAGUACCAGGCAUGCUUUGGGCAGCCUGCCUGUGGCUCGGCUACAUCAACUCCAUGCUGAACCCUAUCUUGUACGCCUUCCUCAACAAGUCCUUCCGACGUGCCUUCCUCAUCAUCCUGUGCUGUGGGAGGAAGAGGUACCGCAGGCCGUCCAUCCUGGGCUCCGGUGCUGCCUGCACAGCCACGCAGAUCAAUGGCUCCACCCAUGUACUCAAGUAUUCUGCUCUUCACAACGGGAAUCACAUGGAGCAGGAGAAGAAGUCUCUGCAUGCCAACAUAGAGUCCCACGAGUCCUGCUUGUGACCAACAACGACUCCUCAGUCACAUCUUAACAACCUCAACUUUCACACUGUUGCCACAGAGCUGACGAGGAGCCGCCACACAACCAGAGCCGAAAUCCAGCGGAGACACUAGAGAUUCAACAGAGCUCCAGAAACCAGAUCCCUGAUAGGACUUCAGGAGCCCAGCCGAGGAUGCUUAUGGUUUUAAAGAUCAACUGAAACGCAUUCUGUGGUCUUAAGAGGUGGCAGGAAUCAAAUGGACUAGAUCCAAACUGGUCCACUGUUUUUCAGACACUGGUUCUCCUGUCUGAGACUGAGCUGCCCACAGUUCCCAACAUGUGACCGUGGUCCCAUCCCUACCGGCUGAUGGCUAUCUGUGAAGUUCAGCUUGUUUUGUGGAGAACCAGCAGCUUUGCUGAAAUGUGUAGGAAGAUUUGACAGCAUGAGAUGUGAUUAAUGACUGGGAGUCAUAGAAGUGAAUUAUGUGGCCAAAGCUAUUUGCUAUUACACAAAGAAAACCUAUUUCUGAUUAUAUAUGAUGUUGUUUUCCAGAUCAGAAAGACUGACCAUAGGUUCUAGAAGGUUGUUUCCUGUAAAAGUAAAGUGUUGUGUGAAUGUCCACGAAAACAGGCAGAGCUGAGAACAAUGUCUUUUGGUGAACAUCAUGUGUCUUAUUGGACACAAAGACCCUGGGUGUCUCUCCCAGGGUUGAAACUGUACAGCUCUGUUAAAUCCUCACUAAGCCAAAAGAAAAAUGUGGUUUUAAGACUGCAUUAAAACCUAAACUGUUGAAGUGCAUUACUGUAGAGGCUGCUCACAUUCACUUCACGAGGCUCGUCUGAAUCAUCGUCUCUGACACAAUGAGACUUUCGAGGACCACAGCGCCUAUAAGUUCCUUAUGAAUGAUUCAUUUUGAUCGUGUUUGAGGGAUAUGUGCAUGGAGGUGGUGUUUGUGUGUGUGUUUAUGACUACAUUUGCAGGUUCCUGCAGUCUGUGUGCACGUUUCCAUGGUGACGCAUGAAAACAUGCGUCACCAUGGAAACAGGGCUGUGUGUCCUUUUUGUGUUACACAUAUGUCCUCAGGUGUGAAGCCUCUGCUCCAUCCCAACACAACAUUUGUUCCCUCUGUCUACACUUGGCUCAGUGGCCGUGUUAAAGAAUGUAAUGCAAGUUCACUGUUCACCUGGACCCACACUGCACCAAACAGCAGAAGCAGAGUUAACAACAAGCUGGUUGUUGAACAUCUAGAGGCUGAUCAUUUUCUCAGGAGUUGGUGGUGACCAAACCAGAGCUAAAGGCAGAAUGAGUAUUGGACCUGUAUUCACCAGGGGGAGAAAAAUAUGACUUCACUGUGAUAUGUCAAGUAUGCCUUGGGUUACCAUAUAUGGACAAAACUACUGGUACACCUGACCAUCACACCAACAGGGACUUUAAUGACGUCUCAUUGUAAACACACAGACAGCUUUGCAGCUCUAACAGCUUCCACUCUUCUGUGAAGGCUU